CUAGGGGCCUCCGUCCCGCCCACGAGGAAGAGCCCGGUCCUUCCUGCUGCUGGCCGGUCGCUGUGUAGCUUGGCUCUCCCCGGUGCCUAAGUCUCCAGCCCCGGGAGGAACUCGGUGCCGCAGCUCGGCGUCUCGGGAGGCCCCGCGGCCGCGCGCUCCGCAGCAGCAUGAGAGCCAGCCUGCCCCUCCUGCUGCGCCAGCUCAGCCGCUGGCAGCUACCCCCGGGCCCGGCGGGUCGCCUCCGAGAGCUGAGUGGCUCCAGCAGCAGCAGAGGAGGCGGUGAGCCCGAGGCUCCGCGCGGGCGGCGGCUGCAGGAUGGCCAGGCUUUGGGCAGCCGUGGCCCCGGCAGCGCGGCAGCCCCCGCGAGGGAGCCCAUCGUCAGAGAAGUCAUUCACAAUUCCAAAGAAGUUCUGAGCUUGCUGCAAGAGAAAAACCCUGCCUUUAAGCCAGUUCUCGCUGUUAUUCAGGCAGGUGAUGACAGUUCGAUGCAAGAACUAAAUCAGAGUUUGGCCAAGGAGGCUGGUCUGGACAUCACUCACAUCUGCUUGCCUUCAAACAGCGGAGAGGAUGAGAUCAUAGAUGAAAUCUUGAAGAUUAAUGAAGACCCCAGAGUGCAUGGCCUGGCCCUUCAGAUCUCUGAAGAUGCAUUGAGCAAUAAAGUUCUCAGUGCUUUGAAACCAGAAAAAGAUGUAGACGGGGUGACUGAUGUCAACCUGGGGAAGCUGGCACGAGGCGAUGUGCCUGAGUGUUUCGUUUCACCUCUGGCCAGAGCUGCAGUAGAACUUGUUGAGAAAUCAGGGAUCACCUUGGAUGGAAAGAAGGUCUUGGUGAUAGGGGCGUGUGGGCCCUUGGAAGCUGCUCUGCACUGUCUGUUCCAGAGGAAAGGAUCCAUGACAAUGACCUCCUCGUGGGCAGCACCUCAGCUCCAAAACAAGCUUCAAGAGGCAGACAUCGUGGUCUUAGGUUCACCUAGGCCGGAAGAGGUUCCUGCUGCUUGGAUCCGUCCGGGAAGCACUGUUCUCAACUGCUUCUAUGACUUCUCGUCAGGGAAGCUCAGAGGGGCCACUCCUGGGGUCGCUGUGGACGGACUCAUUGCAGAAGACAGAGUGAGUCUCCUUGCUGCAGCUCUGCGGAUCCAGAACAUGGUCAGCAGCGGCAGGAGGUGGCUCCGGGAACAGCAGCACAGAAGGUGGCGGCUCCACUCCCUGAAGCUGCAGCCUCUCUCCCCUGUGCCCAGUGAUAUUGAGAUUUCAAGAGGACAGACUCCAAAAGCUGUGGAUGUCCUUGCCAAGGAGAUAGGAUUGCUUGCAGAUGAAAUUGAAAUCUACGGCAAGAGCAAAGCCAAAGUUCGUUUGUCCCUGCUGGAGAGGCUAAAGGGUCAAGCAGAUGGAAAAUACGUCUUGGUUGCUGGGAUCACGCCUACCCCGCUGGGAGAAGGGAAGAGUACAGUCACCAUUGGCCUAGUCCAGGCGCUGACCGCCCACCUGAACGUCAAUUCCUUUGCCUGUCUGCGGCAGCCUUCCCAGGGACCGACUUUUGGAGUGAAAGGAGGAGCAGCAGGCGGUGGAUAUGCUCAGGUCAUCCCCAUGGAGGAGUUCAACCUUCACCUGACUGGGGACAUCCACGCCAUCACGGCCGCUAACAACCUGCUGGCUGCGGCCAUCGACACCAGGAUCUUACAUGAGAGCACCCAAACAGACAAGGCUCUCUACAAUCGGCUAGUUCCCUUAGUGAAUGGCGUCAGAGAAUUUUCAGAAAUUCAACUUUCUCGGCUGAAGAAACUGGGGAUAGAGAAGACUGAUCCGAGUACUCUGACAGAGGAGGAAGUGAGGAAGUUCGCCCGACUCAACAUCGACCCUUCCACCAUCACAUGGCAGAGAGUAUUGGACACCAAUGACCGAUUUCUGAGAAAAGUAACUGUCGGGCAGGGAACCGCCGAGAAAGGACACUCCCGGCAGGCCCAGUUCGACAUCGCAGUCGCCAGCGAGAUCAUGGCUGUGCUGGCCUUGACCGAUAGCCUCACCGACAUGAAGGAGCGGCUGGGAAGGAUGGUGGUGGCCAGUGACAAAGACGGGCAGCCUGUGACGGCUGACGACCUGGGAGUGACAGGCGCACUGACAGUUCUGAUGAAAGAUGCCAUCAAACCAAAUCUGAUGCAGACCCUAGAAGGGACACCUGUGUUUGUACAUGCCGGCCCCUUCGCCAACAUCGCUCACGGCAACUCUUCAGUGUUGGCUGAUAAAAUUGCGCUGAAACUGGUCGGCGAAGAAGGCUUUGUAGUGACUGAAGCUGGCUUUGGGGCUGAUAUUGGAAUGGAGAAAUUCUUCAACAUCAAGUGCCGAGCUUCUGGCCUGGUGCCCAACGUCGUCGUCCUGGUGGCCACUGUCCGCGCGCUGAAGAUGCACGGAGGGGGGCCAAGUGUAACUGCUGGGGUUCCUCUCAAGAAAGAAUAUACAGAGGAGAACAUUCAGCUCGUGGCUGAUGGCUGCUGUAACCUACAGAAACAAAUUCAGAUCGCUCAGCUCUUCGGGGUCCCCGUGGUGGUGGCGCUAAAUGUCUUCAAGACUGACACCCGCGCGGAGAUUGACUUGGUGUGCGAGCUUGCUAAGAGGGCUGGUGCCUUUGAUGCGGUCCCCUGCUAUCACUGGUCUGCUGGAGGAAAGGGGUCCGUGGACUUGGCCCGGGCUGUGAGGGAAGCUGCAAAUAAGAGAAGCCGUUUCCAGUUCCUGUAUGAUGUUCAGCUUCCAAUUGUGGAGAAAAUAAGAACCAUCGCCCAGACUGUCUACGGAGCCAAGGAUAUUGAGCUUUCUCCUGAGGCACAGUCUAAAAUUGAUCGCUAUACGCAACAGGGUUUUGGAAAUUUGCCCAUUUGCAUGGCAAAGACGCACCUUUCUCUGUCUCACGAACCUGACAAAAAGGGGGUGCCGAGGGAUUUCGUUCUGCCUAUCAGUGAUGUCCGGGCCAGCAUUGGUGCUGGGUUCAUUUACCCGUUGGUGGGAACAAUGAGCACGAUGCCAGGACUGCCCACUCGGCCCUGCUUUUAUGACAUAGACCUCGACACCGAAACAGAGCAAGUCAAAGGCCUGUUCUAACGGAACGGGACUCACUGGACCCAAGUCAGGCUCUCCUGGCCCUUUUGCUGCAGUUGGAGAAGAAAAUUAAUUUUGAAAUCUGCUUGUUAUGCAAUGCUGAAGAAAUUCCGAGACAGGCCAAAGACCGCUUCCUUGAUCCCAUUUCCAGUGGAGGAAACAGGACCCGAGCCUCCUCUGGAAUCGGCAGAGUUCCUCUCAGUUCCUACAGACUUAACACCAUUUCUGCUGCUUUAGAGUGUUUGCUUCAUGGGGACUAGGGGAUGGCGAGAGUGUGACCUGAAAGCUGUUUUCCUCUAUGGAGUUUCCUCUCUUGUCCUUUUUCUUUUUCUCACCUGUGUCGGGGAUGGGACGCCAGGCCUCGGCUUGCACAGGCCAGCUUUCUGCUGCCAAGCUGUACCUUUUAUCGUUGUCUUUGAACUGAAAAUAAAUGUUUCUAGAAAGCCA